CAAUAAUCAUAUAGAAAUCCUUGUCUCUGUGUUGAAGACAUUGGUAGAGAGAGAAAGGAAAACCUUAUCUUAUUGUUAUUAUGGCCUUUCUCUUGGUGACCUUAUACAGAGAUCAAAAACUAUUUUCCUCCACUCAAAAGCACACCCCUAUCUACUGAGGAAAAGCCAACGAAACUUUCCAUGUCCAACCUCAUCAACCCUUUAUUAUAAGCCUUGCACCAGUGUUGCUAUUUGUUCUCUCUCUUCCCAUCUCUCUCUCUCUAUCUAGGCCGAGUCUGACCCACUUUCCGGUUGCUCUUAUUUUCCGGCAUUAAUUUCAGUGGGGGUAUAGGUGAAAAUGGCACAAAUUUUGGCACCCUCCCCACAGUGGCAGAUCAGAAUUACAAAGAACUCAACAAAUGCAAGUCCAAUGACAUCAAAGAUGUGGAGUUCCCUAUUGUUGAGACAGAACAAGAAAGGAAUAGCUAAAAGUUCUGCCAAAUUUCGAGUGUUUGCUCAGUCUGAAAAUGGCACCAUUAACAGAAUGGAGGAUCUGCUGAAUAUGGACGUUACUCCAUACACUGAUAAGAUCAUUGCCGAGUAUAUUUGGAUUGGAGGAUCCGGUAUUGAUUUGCGUAGUAAAUCAAAGACGAUCUCAAAGCCAGUUAAACACCCAUCCGAGCUUCCAAAGUGGAACUACGAUGGGUCUAGUACUGGACAAGCACCAGGAGAAGAUAGUGAAGUUAUCCUAUACCCUCAAGCAAUUUUUAAGGACCCUUUUCGUGGUGGUAACAAUAUCUUGGUGAUAUGUGAUACCUAUACGCCAGCCGGUGAGCCCAUCCCCACAAACAAACGCCAUAGGGCUGCCGAGAUUUUCAGUAACCCAAAGGUUGCAACUGAAGUACCAUGGUUUGGAUUAGAGCAAGAGUACACCUUACUCCAAACAAACGUGAAAUGGCCUCUGGGCUGGCCUGUUGGAGGCUAUCCUGGUCCUCAGGGUCCUUACUACUGUGGUGCUGGGGCGGAUAAGUCAUUCGGUCGUGACAUUUCCGAUGCUCAUUACAAGGCUUGCUUAUAUGCCGGUAUUAAUAUUAGUGGGACCAAUGGGGAGGUUAUGCCAGGCCAGUGGGAAUUUCAAGUGGGUCCUAGCGUGGGAAUUGAAGCUGCAGAUCAUAUCUGGUGUGCUAGAUACCUCCUUGAGAGAAUUACUGAACAAGCUGGUGUUGUUCUUUCACUUGACCCGAAACCAAUAGAGGAGGGUGACUGGAAUGGUGCAGGAUGCCACACCAAUUACAGUACAAAGACUAUGAGAGAGGAAGGAGGUUUUGAAGUAAUAAAGAAGGCAAUUCUGAAUCUGUCACUUCGCCACAAAGACCACAUCAGUGCUUAUGGAGAAGGAAAUGAGAGAAGGUUGACAGGAAAGCAUGAAACAGCCGAUAUCAAUACAUUUUCUUGGGGAGUUGCUAAUCGUGGUUGCUCAAUCAGAGUGGGGCGUGAAACCGAGCAGCAAGGGAAAGGUUACUUGGAAGAUCGCCGCCCAGCUUCAAACAUGGACCCAUAUAUUGUGACCUCAUUAUUAGCCGAAACUACUCUACUGUGGGAGCCCACGCUUGAGGCUGAAGCUCUUGCUGCUCAGAAACUGGCAUUGAAUGUCUGAAAUCAGUCGGGGGUAAAUUGAAGGGACCAACAGAAGAUGAGUUGGGAUCACUGAGUCUACGAGUGAGGAACUGCACUAACUUUUCUCUAGAUCCUCUACAGAAUAUUACUUGUAAUAAAGGUCCCAGAGUGAGUCAUUCUUCAUGCUUAAGCUCUAGAUAGUUGUUUUUUAAUGUGCUAGGAAUCUUUAGGAUCAGGGUGUAUUCAUGAAUUUGACAGUUUUAAGGCUGUGUAACUUGGAUGUUUGCAAUUGCAUCAUUAAUGGACUUCACUCUUUAGCCAA